AUUGAAAAUCAUCACAAAACUUUAUUGAAGUGACGUACAGGGUGGAAGUGACUAAUUUAAGGGGAAACGUGAGACUGUUGAUAUGGCGGACCCGGUGGCACAGACCUCCACGCAGCCCCGGCUCCAGCAAGCUCAGGCAGGGUCCAACCCGAACCCCGGCGUCGGGAGCAGCGACCCAGCCCGACCGGGCCUAAGUCAACAACAGUGGUCCAGCCAGAAGAAAGCACAAGUACGCGCCUUUCCGAGGGCUAAAAAGCUGGAAAAGCUCGGGGUGUUUUCGUCUUGCAAGGUGAAUGAUGCUUGCAAGUGUAAUGGGUGGAAGAACCCCAAUCCACCAACUGCCACUCGUAUGGAGCUCCAGCAGCAGGCAGCCAGUCUGACGGAGGCCUGCAGAAGCUGUGGCCACUCAUUGGCAGAACAUGUGUCUCACCUGGAGAACGUGUCUGAGGAGGAGAUUAACAGGUUGUUAGGGAUGGUGGUGGAUGUGGAGAAUCUCUUCAUGUCUGUCCAUAAAGAAGAGGACACAGACACCAAGCAAGUCUACUUCUAUUUGUUCAAGUUGUUGAGGAAGUGUAUCCUGCAGAUGGGGAAGCCAGUGGUGGAAGGCUCUCUCGGUAGCCCACCAUUUGAAAAACCCAACAUAGAACAGGGGGUGUUGAACUUUGUUCAGUAUAAGUUCAGUCAUUUGGCUCCUAAGGAGAGGCAGACCAUGUAUGAGCUUAGUAAGAUGUUUCUGCUCUGUCUGAACUACUGGAAACUGGAGACUCCGUCACAGUUCCGCCAGAGGGCUCAGAAAGAGGAUGCGGCUGCCUACAAAGUGGAUUAUACCAGGUGGCUGUGUUACUGUCAUGUUCCUCAGAGUAAUGACAGCUUGCCACGGUACGAGACCUGUCAGGUGUUUGGCCGCAGUCUGCUGAAGUCCAUCUUCACUGUCACACGCAGACAAUUACUUGAAAAAUUCAGAGUGGAGAAGGACAAAUUGCCACCUGAAAAACGCACUCUGAUCCUCACACACUUCCCCAAGUUUCUCUCUAUGUUAGAGGAGGAGAUCUAUGGUGAGAACUCACCCAUUUGGGAGGCAGAUUUCACCAUGACAGCCUCAGAAGGGACACAGCUGGGCCAUCAGACAGGGCUCAGUCCUGUGGCAGUGUCUGGUUCUCCUCUCAGUAAGGGCAGCAGUUCUUCUGCUCUGGUUGGGUCAGUUUUGGACUCUGCCUCAUCUGAACCUAUAACUGGAGAGAAGAGAAAGCUUCCUGAGGCCUUGACACUGGAGGAUGCCAAGCGGAUCCGAGUGAUGGGCGACAUUCCCAUGGAACUGGUCAAUGAAGUCAUGAAAACCAUCACAGACCCCGCUGCUAUGCUGGGGCCAGAGACCAGUCUGUUGUCAGCGAACGCAGCUCGUGAUGAGACGGCUCGUCUGGAAGAGAGGCGAGGCAUCAUUGAGUUCCAUGUGAUUGGUAACUCUCUUUCUCAGAAGUCCAAUAAGAAGAUUCUAAUGUGGCUUGUGGGCCUGCAAAAUGUUUUCUCCCACCAACUUCCCCGCAUGCCCAAAGAGUACAUCACACGCCUUGUAUUCGACCCGAAGCACAAGACUUUGGCUCUGAUUAAAGAUGGACGUGUGAUUGGAGGGAUCUGCUUCAGGAUGUUCCCCACUCAGGGAUUCACAGAGAUCGUCUUCUGUGCGGUUACUUCAAACGAGCAGGUCAAGGGCUAUGGCACACACCUGAUGAAUCAUCUUAAAGAGUACCACAUCAAACAUGGCAUUCUGUACUUUCUCACCUAUGCUGAUGAAUAUGCAAUUGGCUACUUCAAGAAACAGGGCUUCUCCAAAGACAUCAAAGUGCCAAAGACACGUUACCUCGGUUACAUUAAAGACUACGAGGGAGCCACGUUGAUGGAGUGCGAGCUCAAUCCCAGAAUUCCUUACACGGAACUCUCACACAUCAUAAAGAGACAGAAAGAGAUCAUUAAGAAGCUGAUUGAGAGAAAACAGAAUCAGAUUAGGAAAGUGUAUCCCGGACUCACCUGCUUUAAAGAAGGAGUGCGACAGAUUCCUGUGGAGAGCAUACCAGGCAUCAGAGAGACUGGUUGGAAACCCAAUGCUAAGGAGAAAAGCAGUAAAGAGCUGAAGGAUCCAGAUCUGCUGUACAAUAUGCUAAAGAAUCUACUGGCACAGAUUAAAACACAUCCAGAUGCCUGGCCCUUCAUGGAACCGGUGAAGAAAUCAGAAGCCCCAGACUAUUAUGAGGUCAUCCGCUUUCCCAUUGACUUGAAAACGAUGACGGAGCGUCUGAAGAACCGGUAUUAUGUGACAAAAAAGCUGUUUAUUGCUGACCUGCAGAGAGUUAUCACAAAUUGCAGGGAGUACAACCCUCCAGACAGCGAAUACUGCAAGUGUGCCAAUACUCUGGAAAAAUUUUUCUACUUCAAACUGAAAGAGGCUGGGCUCAUUGACAAGUGAUGGGAAUCCAUCUUAUAAUAAGGGACCAAUUAUUGUACAGAAUGUCAUUAUAAUCAAACAGACUUGUUCAAACUUAACAUUUUGAGCUUGCAUUCAAAUUUGUUGAAAUGUGCUGCUUUCAGUUUCUUUUUCCCCAAAAUAUUCUCUCCCUAACAAACAGUCUAGUUAUAAAACUCAAGGGCGUGUGUGUGCUUGACUUCAGUGCCGCUGCAUUAAGGGAAAAUGAAAACUGAAAUCCUGUUUGAUGUGGGUGAUCAGACAGAAAUGAAUAUGACCAGUUCUGUUCUUAUUUCCUACUAUAUUCUACAAAACAAAUUACUCAUGUGAACUACGUUCACAGCGUCUGCUCUACAUACAAAAACAUUUGGUUACAUAAUGUAGUCUUAUUCGAAGUUACUCCCCUGACCAGAAAUGCUCCAGCCAAAGAUGGACCAUGUUUGGCCUCUAAUGAUGUCACCAUUCUCUGCCAAAGCUUUUUUUUUUUUAACAGCCAAUUAGUGAUCUAGAGGACAUGCCUAUUCAUUAUCAGUUUGAAAAUAUGAGGAAAUAAUUCCUUGAUUGUUACUUGAGGUCAGUUGGGUUUUGUUUUCUUUCUUCAAACUUGACUUUAGUGGCUUUCAUUGCAGAAAUUACUAAAACUAUUCAACUUCUGUGUUUAGUUCAGUUAUUCAGUGCAAUCUGUGAUGGUGUUUUUUUUCCCCCUCUCAUGUUAAAUUACUGCUGCCACUAUCCUAAAGAUGUUUGUCAGUGCUGUUGGUGAAGUGUUAAUCUUUGUUUGAAACCAAUAUUUGUCUUCUUGAAAGGAUUUCAGCAUGCCACGUCCCAAGGCACAAACAUUCAGUGAUGUAUUCUGUGGGUCUGAAUUCACCAAGUUGUUUGUUACUCAGUACAGUUUUUUAAACCAGUGUACCACCUUGUGACCAGUAAUAGGUCAAACUAUUUCCAGUUCAAUUAUAAAUGUAAACACUACCUCAGGCAUAAUGCAGAUAAGCCCCAAACCUCAGAAUUUCAAAAUUAAAUGACCUAUAAUAACAGUAGUGUCAUUAACAUACAUUAUCUGCUACUACCUAGAAUACUCCGAAUGGACAAUUACAUUAACCGUUAUAUCCAAAUGUGUACACGUUUUCUAUGAUAUUGCAUUUUCUGCAAGUUUGCUUUUCACACAGACAGGUAAAUGGAUAGGACAGGUUUUUUUUUUUUUUUUACCAGUCUCUUGUUAUGGGCAUAUACUUGAAUCAUGAUAAACUGCUGCAAUGUUGAUGUUUUAUCAGGGCUCUAUAUUUUGGUUUUAUAUAUUGUUUCAUGCUCAAUUUGUACUGUAGGAUGCUGAUGACCUUUCAUGAAGAAGAUAUGUGUGCUAGUAAGGGGUUGGCUAUGGUUACAUUUGGAAGACGCAUGUAAAUGUGCUAUGGUUCUAUGAAAAAAAUGUU